AUGUCUGUUCUCUGGGAGACAAUGUCGGGUUUGGCUCCGCUCAUCCGCACAUUGCCUCGCAAUUAUGUUUGUAAUUAUGAGAACGUCGAUGACAAGCCUAAAGAUCACACGCGCACCUUCGUAGUUGGCGUCAAUCGAAGUCCCUUAGAUUCUAACGAUCGUCUGGCACUCAAUACCCAACGCCUGGAUCAUUACGCCAGAUUCAUCAAGCAUGUCACUAUCCAUAAAGAGGACGCAUAUUACGCCACCUUGCACGAUUUAUCCAUCCACACACCCUCGGACUACCGCCUGCUACCGGAAGUGCGAACGCUCGACAUCCAUCUUGACGCUGUGAACGGGCCGGAAGGCGUGAACAUGCUCUUCGGGCCUCGCCUGGACGCCAUCUCUGUGCGGAUCACAGGGAUGGACGCUGGAUUGCGCUGGACCAUGGUGCUGUUCAGCCAGAUGUUCGCCGUCUGCCGCGGCCUACGGACGCUCAAGGCCGACCUCGGCGACUGCCACGCACAGAUGAUGUGCGUGGUCCUAGACGCACUGCGCGCCGCGCGCCCCCCGCUCACGACGCUCCAUCUCGGAGUCCAGAACCGGAUAUAUGCCUAUGGCUUUAGUAAUUCGUGCAUGACCACGCCCAACGAGUCGAUGGAGCGGCUGCUGCGGGCCGUCAGCGGCACCGUGCGCGACUUCUCGACGACGAUCAUGAUCAGCCCCUCCAUCCUGCCGUCGUUUAGUCUCUUCCGGAACCUCCAGAACCUGGUGGUGUACGUGCGCCCGCCGGAGCCGUCGUCUCGCAGCACACGCCUCUCCCUUCCGUCUCUGCGCUCCCUUGAGAUCAUAGCAGACCACAUCUUCCGGGAUACUCCGCCGUGGCUGCGGUGGCUGGAGGCGGAGCACCUCCACACGCUGGCUAUCUUUUCCAGGGAGCAUCUGGACGACUCCUGUGGGAAGCGCUUGAGAGACUUCAACGUGUCUUUAUUGAUGUGUUCAUUGCGGAAGACGCUCCAAGUCGUCUCCAUACAUACACUACUGCAGUGUCGCCACGGAUGCAUCCUUCACUGCAAUGCACGCGAAUUCGCCGCACAUAAUGCGAAAGGCGCUCGAACUCGAGGGCCUGCGGCGCGGUCGCUCGCACCGGCAAAGUCCCUGUUCGACAAUGAAGGAGCAGUGACGAAUGGCCAUACCCGUCGUUACGCGCGCGCACGUGCGCAGGGGAACCUAGCGGGAGAGAGGGGACGACGUCUCAGGCAUUGGUGGUAUGAGUCGCGAGCAUCCACGAGCGAACCCGCGGUAGCACAAACAGGGGAAGCCCCGCUUUGCUUGCGUGUUGGUGACGCGCGACCGGAAUGGGCGGCGUUGUGGUGA